AUGUCGUAUGAAAAAAUUACAGCAGCAAAUAAUGGAUCUUUCAGUGAUGGUGUUCUUCGUCGUCGAGCUGCAGAAUUUCCGCCAAGUCCUUGGGGAGAUUAUUUUCUUUCCUCUCAUUUCAACAAUCAGCUGGUUGAAGACAACGUGGUGGAGAAACAACAAUUUCAAGAAGUGAAAGAAGAAGUGAGAAGCAUGUUUGCAGCUGUUGAAAAUUCUUCGGAAAGACUAAGUUUAAUUGAUUCAAUCCAACGUUUAGGUCUUUCUCACCAUUUUCAAGAAGAAAUUAAUGAAGUUGUUCUUGAACACAUCGAAAAGUUUAGAAAAGAUAACGACAACGAUGCCGAUGAGAACCUUUACAUUAUUGCUCUUCAGUUUCGAAUGCUUAGACAACAAGGUUACUACGUUUCAUGUGAGAUAUUCAAUAAGUUUACAAAUGAAAGGGGAGAAUUCAAAGAAUCAAUUGCAAAUGAUGAAGUUGGUUUAUUAAGUUUGUAUGAAGCAUCCCACUUGAGAACGAAGGGAGAAAAUAUAUUGGAUGAAGCAUUAGCUUUCACAACUACUCAUCUUAAAGCAAUGGCCAUGGAUUCCAACUCUCCAUUUUUUGAGGAAGCCAAAUAUGCAUUGAAGUGGCCAAUUUAUAAAGCUGUGCCAAGGUUUAUGGCUAGGCAAUAUAUCUCUCUCUGUCACAAGAAUCCAUUGAAAACCAAUAAUGUUUUGCUCACUUUUGCAAAGUUGGACUACAAUUCUCUCCAAAAACUUUACCAGAAAGAAUUGGGCGAAUUUUCAAGGUGGUGGAAAGAGCACAAGUUGAAGGAGCAAUUACCUUUUGCACGAGUUAGAGUGGUGGAGAUCUAUGUUUGGGCAUUAGGAGUUCAAUAUGAACCAAAAUACUGUAAUACUAGAAGAAUAUUAGCCAAAAUUAUUACUUUUAUAUCUGUUCUUGAUGAUAUGUAUGAUGUCUAUGCCACACUUGAUGAACUUCAACUAUUCACCAAUGCCAUUCAAAGGUGGGAUGUGAGUUGCAUUGAGAAGCUCCCAAAUUACAUGAAAGGACUUUAUGAAACUAUACUUGAAGUUUAUGAAGAGAUUGAAAAAGAUAUUUGCAAGGACAAUAAUAUUCCAUUUGCAUUUGAUUAUGCAAAAGAAGCGUUGAAAAGUCUAUGCAAAGCUUACUUUAUGGAGGCUAAAUGGUUCAAUGAAGGUUAUAUACCAACAGUGGAAGAAUAUAUGAAAGUUGCCAGAAUUUCUGCUUCCUACAAUGUUUUUGCUUCAAUUUCCUUCCUUACUUUAGGAAAUGUUGCUUCAAAGGAGUUUUAUGAAUGGGCUCAAACUGACCCUAUUCUUCUUAAAGCAGCUGGUGUAAUUGGCAGGCUCCUCAAUGACAUGGUUUCUCACAAGUUUGAACAAGAGCGAGGACAUGUAGCUUCUGCAGUCGAAUGUUACGUGAAAGAAUAUGAAGUAUCAGAAGAAGAAGCCCUAAUUGAAUUAGAAAAGGAAGUCGGAACAGCAUGGAAAGAUGUGACAGAAGAUUACACAAAAUCUUCAUUGAAGUUUCCAAAUGUGAUCCUCGAAUGUGUGUUGAAUGUUGCAAGACUUUCAGAUUUCUUUUAUAAGGAAGUAGAUGGUUACACAUUUGCUGAUGGAGAAACCAAACAUUUUAUUGAUUUAAUGCUUACUCACCCUGUCCUCGUUUAAUUCUAAAAGCAUUAUUUGUUUGAUCCUUUUGUCCCAACAUACAUUUUCUAUCUCUCAAUAUAUAUAUACUUUCUGAGA